CCACGACCAUUGCGUGUGCUGCCGAGUAUGUACAAGUACUGACUUUAGGUAUUAACCUACAAUAGAUUGUUGCCUGCAGAGUACUCUUCAGCUGGAUCCUUACAUUCUUUGUUGAUUGCUCUCGACCGUGUCCUCCUGUCCAUUCUCGAGUUCUCUAUGCCACUCUUUCUCUAUACCUAGGAUCCUCCUCGUACGGGCCUCGCCCUUUUCUUGGGCACACCCUCUCUGCCUGCCCUCUCUGUCCGAAGAGACCUUCGACCCGACUCAAAACGACGACAUAAUGACCUCCAGACACAUGUCCCACCUUCGCCGGUGGCUCAUGUCUUCGCCUCCCGCAGAGUGGGCCCUGAACCAACUCCGGGAACUGCUCAUAGGCGCCCUGCGUCAAGGGCCGAUGCCGAAACAUGUGGCCUUUGUGAUGGACGGGAACAGGCGGUACGCCAAAACCCACAUGAUAGAGACGGUCGAAGGGCACAAUCUGGGGUUCGAGGCUCUGGCCAAGAUUUUGGAGGUCUGUUACAAGUCGGGCGUCACCCACGUCACCAUCUACGCCUUCAGCAUCGAGAACUUCAAGCGGACAAAGUACGAGGUCGACGCACUCAUGGACAUGGCCAAGAUCAAAUUGAAACAACUCGUGCAGCACGGGGAGCUGCUCGACCGGUACAGUGCCCGGAUACGGGUCCUCGGACAGAGGGAACUGAUCAAGCCUGAUGUUCUCGAGGCGGUGGAUCGAGCGGUCGAGCUGACGUCCCACAAUCGCGGAUGCGUGUUGAACAUUUGCUUCCCCUACACGAGCAGAGAAGAAAUCACGACGGCGAUCCGGGAUACCGUCGAAGAAUACUCGAUACCUCUACCGCCGGAACCGGAAGUGGCAAGAAGUCCUUUCAGGGAAGAGAGAAUAGCCAGUACGAUACGGACACAGCAGCAACGACAACAAGACCGCCAACACCAGAAAAUCAUCUCGGAGCAGGCAAAGUCCUCUUCAUACCUCCAACCGCCACAUAUGCGAGGGUUACAGUCGCAAUCACAAUCGCCGUCAUCCAGUUCGAGCACGACUUCGUUAUCCUCGUACUCGCAUUCCGAUCAGGAUCACGAACACGAACUCGACACGUCGUCCGUAUCUACCUCGACAACGUUACAUCAGGACGACAACGCCACCACGACCAGUUCACCACCACCCGAGUUCACUUCGCUUUCCCCCGAAACCAAACCACAGUCGCCGUCGUCUGGUGAGCAUCAGACUCAGUCUUCGACAACGUACCCUUCCCCCGAGCUGAUCACUGCCGAAACACUCAAUUCCCACAUGUACACUGCCGACGACCCGCCUAUAGACUUGCUCGUCCGGACGAGUGGGGUCCUCAGGUUGAGUGAUUUCAUGUUGUGGCAGUGUACGCAAGACACCCAGAUCGUCUUUUUGGAUGUCUUGUGGCCGGACUUUGAUCUGUGGAGUUUCUUGCCUGUUUUGUGGGAGUGGCAGUGGCGUGUGAGAAAGACUCGAGCUGCUUUUGUUUCGGAGGAAGAGACUCGCGGUGAGAAAGAACGGGAAAGAAUGAAUGGUGUCAAGUUACGAGUUGGUUGAGGUCGACAUCGGAAGGGACGAGGCUCCUUUGGGAAGGUAGAGCAAAAGAUGACGGACUAAGUGGUCAAGAAUGCCUUGGUGUCUAGGUGUGUUGCUUGAAAUUCCAUGAGUACCCUUUCAAAGGUCAAGAUCGACCAACCUGUCAGAUUCGUCGAUCUCUUUCUUGC